CAUAGGUCCAGUGACUCCGAAUGGGAUCAGCUGAUGAAAUUCGCCCUGAGAAAGGCAGAGAAGUUUGUAAAAACCGUUGCCAUUGAACUUCACAUCCCAUCGGAAGAAGCUGGAGAGAAUCAAGUCUACGCUCCUCGGUUUUUAGACGAAAUCGCUGACGAGAUCGACACGCUCGAAGAUAAAAAAGAUACUCUCUUCUCUCGCCAUCAACUGAAGAGGCUUCUUAUACCAAUGCUGAUAGUAUUGAAGCUGUUCAAGCUGAAAUUGCUUCUGUUCCUGCCACUGAUUUUGGGUCUAGCUUCAUUCAAGAAAUUCCUCGGUUUCCUGGCAAUCGUCAUCCCUGGUCUGAUCGGCUUUUUCAAACUGUACAAACCAUUGACGCAGAAUUAUCAUCCACCGGUGUACAGUCAAAGCGGCAUCGCUUAUCCAUAUUACAAGGAAAACAGUUAUCCCUAUGAACAGGACAUUCAUCACGGAUCUGAAUACGCAGGAGGCUAUAACAGGGAUGUGUCCUUCGGGCAGGACCUUGCUUAUCGAGGCUAUCAAGAGUACAAAUCGUAAAUCUUAGUUCGUUUCAAUUUUAUUAGCUCUCUUUUAUUUUAAGGAUAUAAAACUAUACAUUGUAUUCAUAUUUCUAUAGUCUGUCGUCGUAUCAGAAUCCUGAAGCUUGAGAAGUAUUUGGAACAUUUUCACAUUUUGGGAUUCUGUAUGUAAAAUAAGUGCUCUCUUCGUACAUUUUCAUUCAUCGAAAUGAGAUAAAUCUUU